AUGUCGCCUGCUGCAGCAGCGCCGUGCCCAUUUCUCGACAAGAUUCCAGCUGAGCUUCGCAACGAGAUCUAUGAGCUCACCUUCGCUUCAGACCAUAAUGUUGAGGAGAAAGUAGAACUGUUCGAGGCCAGGCCACCGGAGAAAUCGAUCCUGUCCACCUGCCGUCAGAUUUACGAGGAGACUCGAGGAUACUACAUUGACGCGUUUCGGAGUUACUGGCAGGAUACUGAGUUCUACGUUGAAUGUGAAGAGCCGCCGAAGCCGCGGCACGACAGGUAUCUUGACCAGGAGGAGGAGCAGGAGAAGUCGGACGAUGAAGAUUACCCCAACGCCAUAGACAAAGUCGAGCUUGUCACGUUUUGCGCAAGAGACGUCAAUCAAAUCCGCAAGAUCUCCGUCUGCAGAGAUUAUCAUUACAGACACGGACAGCAUAUCUUCGACCGCUGGGUCCUUCGAAAUGGGACCUGGCGCAGCGUCACUUGCCCGGGGGCAGCUCUGGCUAUUCAACUCGCUACACUGCGAAAAGAGCCGCAGUCAUUUGAGGCCAAAGGCUUCUAUAGCAACGCAUACCGAAGCUACUGGUCGACCACGAACUUUGUCGUCACCUGUUUCCCGGCUCGAUUCAGUGACAUUGCCGCUGUUCAUUUCAGUGGAGAAGAUGUCGAUCACAUCACCAAGCUGCAGGUAGUUCGAACCAGCGACCGCAUCCCUCUAAUGAAGUGCACCUUCGAGCACGGAAUCUGGAUCAUAACCGACAUGGAGACACUCCCCGGUCUUUCUGUCCCCGGUCUUCCUGUGUGUAUGCAACUCGAACACGAUACGACACGCGACGACAUCAUCCGCACCUUCACCCCUACCGGCUCGCCUAAGCACUCAGACGAGCCCGUCCACAAGCAGCUCUUGCUGCUCAUGGCCCUAUUUGAUAGAAGAGCUAAGGGCAUCGGUGCACUUCUCACGUAA